GCCCACCCAUGCCUCAGCGCCUCCGCGCCUCCUCCCCUAGUCCUAGAACUGGGCACCCAGUUUGCACGAUCGCUUACUCUAGGAUACGAAGAGGACUACUAAGACGUUUGAAGAUUGCAAGAGGAGACUGAUUACACAGCCACAGCUCAGAGUGACUUAGUCAUGACUCAGGUCAAGUGGGCGCAGUUGAAAUGGACUUUUGGUAUCGUGCUAUAUAUCAGCGUGUCCGCUGCAUCCCAUCCUCGUUUGACUCCAACCCGAUCCCGAUCCCGAUCCCGAUCCCGCACCAUUCACCAUAUGGACGAACAUGACGAGACGAAACGAAACAGUUGAAAAGCAACACUGACGCCUGACCGACAGACUCUCAACGUCUGGGGUGCCCCACCUUCUAAAUCUGCCAUUGUUUGUUGGACACUGCAUCUCGAGCAAAAUGGCCCCUGUAAGGUCGAAGUGGCCCGCGAGGCUUGUACUGAUCAGGCUGCUGGAAUCCGUAUCACCAAGUGCUUCUGUUUGGAGAUUCCCUCAUCCAGCACUGCGCCGACGACCUGGAUGGAUUUGUCUUCCAAUCUGCUGUUCAAGUUCAUGAGUCUCACGAUCGCUUACUCUAGGAUAUGAAGAGGACUACUACGACGUGUGAAGAUUGCAACAGGAGACUCGACGUCGUCAACCGUGGCUUCAGUGGCUUCAGUGGCUACAAUGCUUCCCAAUGCUUUCGCAUCCUACAGGACAUCAUCCCCUCCACGUCCUGCGCGAAAAUCGACUAUUUUGUACAGCCCACUUGCCCCUUGCUUCUUGCCUCAGGAAAGCCUAGGCCAACGUUCUCAGCUCAUUCUCCUGGGGGCAAACAACGCCUGCCUUCCCGGCACCACAGGUCAGACGGUCGAGCUCUCCCAGUACAAGGCAUAUCUUGAAGCUAUCGUCUCCUCACCGGCCCUCCGCGCACACAGUCCUACCAUCAUCCUCUGUACUCCUCCCCCAGUGGACGAAAUCCGCCUCACUGAACUUGACCUCGCCAGCGGCUGGGAAUCCGUGACACGCACGUCCGAGAACACCGCCGCCUACGCGCAAGCCGUGCGCGACAUCGCGGCCGCGGCGGACGAGAAGAUCGUCCUAGUGGAUUUGUUUGCCGCGCUAAUGGAGCGGGCGAUGAGCAUGACACCGGACUGGAAGGCCGGAGAGGCUAUUCUGGGGAGCGUGAAGAGCGGGACAAGGGGUGGGCUAGAGAAGUUGCUGCCCGACGGGAUACACGUGAGCGGCGAGGCGUACAGGGUGUUCUACGAAGUGGUGGCUGAGAAGAUUGGAGGGGAAUGGAGAGACGAACGAAAUGCAGAGAAGGAUUAUGAGCCGCCGAGCUGGGUGUUCCCGAGCUACUGGAGGGCAGCCAGGGCAGAAGAACCAUAUAUACCGAGCUGAAUUACCAGAUAUCUAAAUGUCGCAACCGGAAGAGUCUUCGUGAGGAUGUCAGCGAAAUUGUCCUUGGAGGCGACCUUAAGGACGCGAAUUUCGCCACUUUGUCGACCUUCUCGCCGGUGAAGUGGAAGCAAACGUCGAUGUGUUUCGUCC